AUGGCGACGGCCAUGGAGCGAAUGUGCGGGGCUGCGCUGCGGAGGAGCAGUGUGCUGACUGACUGUAGUUUCUCCUGGCACAAGAACCUCUCUCUGAGGAAGAAUCUGGUCAUCUGGAAACAGCCAUCUUUCAGAACCCUUUUCACUGGUGUCACCAUAUUACAGAGUGAGCCUCUUAGCACCAUCCAAGAUGUGUUGUUUCUGGUGAUUUUAUUAAAUUCAGUGAGACUACUGACUCUACUCCUAUUUAUCAAAACAGACAGGAGAAAGCUUCACGCCACACUGGUAGUGCGAACAUUCCGACUGCGCCCCUUCCACUUUCUGUUGGCCACAGGUGGGGGAUAUGCAGGAUACAGACAAUAUGAAAAGUACAAGGAGGAGCAGCUGGAGAAAAUGGGCAUUGAGAUACCAAUCAAGCUUGCAAGCGAAUGGGAGGUUUCUCUGUACAAAUCGGUACCAACACGACUGCUUUCACGAGCCUGGGGUCGAUUGAACCAGGUCGAGCUGCCCACCUGGCUCCGGAAGCCUGUCUACAGCCUGUAUAUCUGGACAUUUGGAGUGAACAUGAAGGAAGCAGCUGUCGAAGAUCUUCAUCACUAUAGAAACCUCAGCGAGUUCUUCCGCAGGAAGCUGAAGCCCCAGUCCCGGCCAGUCUGCUGCUAUCACAGUGUGAUCAGUCCCUCAGAUGGAAAGAUUCUGAACUUUGGACAAGUGAAAAACUGCGAAGUGGAACAGGUGAAGGGUGUCACCUACUCGCUGGAGUCCUUCCUGGGGCCGUGCACCAGCACAGAAGACAUGCAGUUUAGCCAAACCUCAUCCUGCAGCUCAUUGCAGAACCAGCUAGUCACAAAGGAGGGGAACGAGCUCUAUCACUGUGUCAUCUACCUGGCGCCUGGGGACUAUCACUGCUUCCACUCACCCACCGACUGGAGAGUGUCGCACAGACGCCACUUCCCAGGCUCCCUGAUGUCUGUGAAUCCUGGUGUUGCCCGCUGGAUCAAGGAACUCUUCUGCCAUAAUGAGCGAGUUGUACUUAGUGGUGAUUGGAAACAUGGCUUUUUCUCCCUAACAGCGGUAGGAGCCACAAAUGUUGGCUCCAUCCGCAUCUACUUCGACCGGGAUUUGCGUACUAACAGCCCCUGUUACUCCAAAGGCUCUUACAAUGACUUCCGCUUCAUAACAAACAAUAACAAGGAGGGCAUCCCCAUGAGGAAAGGAGAACAUUUAGGGGAGUUUAACCUGGGCUCGACCAUCGUUCUGAUCUUCGAGGCACCCAAGGACUUCAACUUCCAUCUCAAACCUGGACAGAAAAUCCGCUUUGGAGAGGCUCUGGGGUCCCUUUAGAAACUACAAGAGGAUUUUAUAUACAAAGGAACUCACACUUCCAAGAAAAAUGGUUCAGUAAUGGAAAAUAUCACUCAGCAGGACCUGGGUGAGGAAAAUAUUCAACAACACUACUGUGUAAAACUGGGGUAGGAGUAUGUGCCCUAUAUCACAUACCCAUGCUGAGAGCAGUAAAAUAAUCAGAUGAUCCAUAUACAUAUCAGGUACAGAUGCCUUUAAGAAUGUUGACCAGGGUGGUUUCUAUCCUAUCCUGUGCCUACAGUCUUUCGCACUCUCCCCUUCAAUGUGUUGCAAACUAGUUACAUUCAUACAGAGCCUGUAGGUCCCUAUCGGGGAGGGGUGAAGGCAGAGAGAUUAGCUACCUUUAAAGGGACACUGAUAGGUUGACCUAGACCCAAGGUUUCAGUUGUGUAAAAUGUGGUUUUCAAACUUGCAGUCCUCAGAAGUGUCUAAUGCAAACAUGACAUCAAAGUAUAGAAGCCAAAUUGCCUAGUCUUACUUUCAUUGUCCAACCUAGGUGAAAUGCACAAUGUAAAUUAAUGACAUCAGUGCUGAAACCAGUAAAUUAGACUCAAAUUCUGUUUAAUAACAUACUGGUAACAGGUAUGGAAACUAAUUUUUAAAUGCCUUUUAACCUGUUAUUGUCCCUUUAAAACUGGACUUUGCACUGUAUUUUAAACCUGAAAACACUGUGUCUACAUUCCAUGUGGUUGAACUUGUCAUCUUUUUGAAAAAAGUGUAUUUUUUUAGCUUGCAGCAGUCAGACUGUUGCAUAUUCUUCUCCCAAUCCAUAGUUUUAUUUUUGCCAUUCCAGGCCUUAAGGAUUUUUUGUUUGAGUGGUAAUUACUCUCCUCAGUCACCCAAAAACUGUUGAGAGAUUAAUCUUGUGACAUAAAACAGUAACAAGUGGUUAAGGAGUCUGCUCCCUUCUCAUUGCAUAGGGGAGUUUCCAUCAAUACAGAACUCCUUCUCCAUUGCAGUGGGGAUGCAGCCAAAGUAUGUUUCCCCUUCUGCUGUACAGAUGCUGCUGCUUAUUGUGUUGUGUCAUAACCUUCAGCGGCUGACAUUGAGGUCUUGAUGUGGGAAUUUCUCCCUGUACAAAACAAUUUAGUGCACGGAGUGAAAUGCCAUGGGCACUGACUGUGUAUUAAAAACCAUUAUGGACCUUUGGGGCAAUCCAAGCUUGCUCCCCAUGUGCACUAACUUGCUUUUCUAUCCUUCAGUGGACUUGCAAAUAUUUGUUUA